GAAAAAAGCUGUACACGAAAUAGCGUUUGAAAUCAUUUGGGUUUUCAAAUCAUUUUUUUUUUGGUUUUACUCGUUGGUCAUUUUUUAAAGCAAAUACUCGAAAUUUUGAGAUAAAUCAGCAACCGUGUGCUGAAGAAAAGGAACAAAUAAUAAGAAUUUGAUACUAUAAAGAGAUUGUCCAAAUGGAGCAUUCAGGUGAGCGUAUGCGAAAUCCGAAAAGAAGAUAUCAGCUGAAAUCUACAUUUUGCAAAUGCUCUUAUUCGAAUCUCUUUUGAACUCUACAAAAAGUCUAUUUAAUAAUUAAAUAAAAAAAAUAAUUGUGAUAAUGAACACUUGAAGCACAUCAUUAAAAAUCUUCCACUUUGUUGAAUAUUCAUACAUAUAUAUAUAUGCCAUACAUUACUUGUAUUGGUAAUAUUCAGAGAAAAGACUUGAGAAAUGAAUAUGGACAGCAAAAAAGUCAUUCAAAGAAACAAAGCAAUACCUUACCAAUCAACGGCAAUGAAGCUUCAAUGAAUUUAAAUCCACUUAUUUUAACAAAUAUUCAAAGUUCUAGUUAUUUCAAAGUUACAUUGUUCAAACUUAAAACUUACCACGAAGUGAUUGACGAAAUUUAUUAUCAAGUAAAGCAUCUGGAGCCUUGGGAGCGUGGUAGCCGAAAAACAUCAGGCCAGACUGGCAUGUGCGGAGGGGUCAGAGGUGUUGGAGCUGGAGGCAUUGUUAGCACAUGUUUUUGUUUGUUGUACAAAUUAUACACGCUGCGUUUGACCCGAAAACAAGUCAACGGAUUGAUGUCACAUGCAGAUUCACCCUACAUCAGGGCGUUGGGAUUCAUGUAUGUACGAUAUACACAACCACCUGGUGAUUUAUUCGAUUGGUACGAAGACUACUUGCAAGAUGAAGAAGAAAUUGAUGUCAAAGCCGGCGCGGGACAGAUGAUGACAAUUGGACAAAUGCUGUAUCAGUGGCUUACAAAAUUGGAAUGGUUUAGUACGUUAUUUCCUCGCAUUCCAGUACCGAUUCAGAAACAAAUUGAAACCAAAAUCAAUAACUAUUGUCGAGAGCAUAAUAUGAGCUUUGCAAAUCAAAAUACAAGUCAUAAUGCUGCCCAAAAUGAAUCUGAUAAACGUAGUCAUGACCGGCGCGAGCGAAGCUUACACGAGCGAAAACACCACGGUGGACGAGAACGAAGCAAAGAACGACAAUACAAUCGAAGUGAUGAAAGACACGACGCAAGACGUGCAUAUCGAUCAAGGUCCAAAGACCGGGAAAGAGAGCGCGACCGAGAUAGAAGACGAGAUUAUAAACAUAGUAAACAUAGUAGUAGUACGAGCAGAGACUAUGAAAGUCGACGCAGAAGCCGAAGCAUAGAUCGUGAAACCUAUGAACGGACCCGUUUAUUUAUGCGGAAGAAAUGAGAAAUGGAGUUCGGAAACAAGCAUUGAAUUAAUCCGAUUCAAAAGAAAUCAUUAAUGAAUCGACCAAACUAAUUUGGUAAAUUUCGUUAAAUAAGCUGGCAAUAGUUUAUAUCAGAAUAUCGAAAAGUGUCUUAUUCACGUAUUACUACAUUUUAACCUCAUCGAUUUUUCCAACGAAUUUGUUUGUUUCAAAUAUUUCCCAUGGUGUUUUUCAAACAAAUAGAUCAAGAAACAUUUUUGUUUGUUGUUUCCAACUACCUCAACCACACAAAUGUUGUGAUGAAUUAACUUAAUUUUCAACCACUAAAAUAGAAGAAACCGAAAAGAAUAAAGUUUUAUGAAUUCUAAA